UUGGUUCGUGCUGCUGCCACUUCCUGUGUUAAAGGCGUGAGCAACUUAAAGACAGACAGUGAGACGGAGAAGACGUUCAGUUCAGUUUUUCAGUCGGUCAAGAUGUCUGCAGACGCUGUCGCUGCUCCACGUUUGAGCCUGAAUGUGAGAUAUAACAGAAACGUCCAAGAGACCAGCGGAGAGGAAGAGGAGAGUCAGGUGGAGAUCUUAGAGGAGGAAGAGCAUCACGCUGAUCUCGGGCCACAAAGAGCCGGACCACACACUCAAAACAAGCCUGCAGCCAACAACAGAAGGCGUCUCAAAGCUGCUGCAGUGACUCUGGGAGGGUUUUUUCUUCUGAUAUUGGCUGCACUCUUCAUUCGCUGCACUGUGCUGCAGAUCAGAUACGACCAACUGAGCAACAACUACACUCAGCUACAGGGGAAAGUUUCAGAGACGUGUUGUCCUGAUGGAUGGAAGAGAUCUGGACGCAGUUGUUACUUUAAAUCUAAAGAGAAAAAGUAUUGGUUUGACAGCAGAGCUGACUGUGAGGAGAGAGGAGCAGAUCUGGUCGUCAUUAACAACAAAGAGGAACAGAAGUUUGUCUCUGAGCUGAGUAAGGAUGGAGAGUCCUGGACUGGUCUACGCUAUGUAGCGAGACAAGAAGGAUGGAGAUGGGAAUGGUUGGAUGGAUCACCGCUGACAGAAACGUUCUGGGGACCAGGACUACCUCACUCUGGUUCCUAUGCCGCAUGCUGCAAUCAACAAGGAAAAUGGACACAGAGUUAUUCUGAUACUAAGACCUGGAUCUGUGAGAAAAAGAUCAAGUGAACUCU